AUGGUCACUGUCCCGCAGCAGACCCAACGCGGAACGACGCCCGACAAUCUCCACGCCACCGGCCGCGUGCAGCUCUCGUUCUCCUUUGCUAUCCUUGCUCCCGAGCCUCUCCGUCCGAUGGCAGCACACAACGCCUGGGCGGCCUCCGGGCUCCUCCGAGCCGUCCAGCGUCUCACGAUCGCCCCGAAGACGGCAUCGACAGCAGCAGCGGCAUUUGCUGCGGCACCGUCCAUGUUCUCGCUGACGCUGCCGAUGUCCCCCCUCGCCGUGGCCGGCCGCCGCGCCUUCUCAGCCACGGCUGUCGCCGCCGGCACCUGGCUUGAGCCCAGUCUCAACCGCAAGCGCCGCAUGAUGAAGGGCCGUCCGCGUGUGGCCACGGGCGGCUCCGUCAAGGGCACCACCAUCGUGUGGGGCGACUACGGCCUUCGCAUGUGCGACCACCACCGACGCAUCAGCGCGGCCCAGCUCAAGGUGGCCGAGGACACCAUCAAGCAGCGGCUGCGCGGACAGCGGUACCGCCUGUACAAGCGGGUCAACUGCAACAUUGGCGUGUUCAUCAGCGGAAACGAGAUACGAAUGGGCAAGGGCAAGGGUUCGUUCGACCAUUGGGCCUCCCGUGUGGCCGUCAACCGCGUCAUCUUUGAGAUCCGCGGCGCCAUCCACGAACAGGUUGCACGGGACGCCUUCCGGCUCGCCGGAAACAAGAUGCCCGGCCAGUACGAGUUCGUCAAGAAGGGCGACCCUCCCAUUGUCGGCAUCACCAAGCUCGAGGACGGCCUGACCCUGGAGGACCUCAAGCGUCCAUGGCAGCUACCCGCCGCCCAGCAAGUAAAGAUCGCAGAAGCGGCAGCCACAUCCAAUUCCACGACACCAGCCCCAUGA